GGGCGGCACACCCUCCCUCCGUGGGCAAGGCAGGCCCAGGCGCACCUCAGUCUUCCUCCAUUGGCAAGGCCUGCCUGGGCCUUCCUCCAGGGCUAAGGCCUGGCGCUCAGGAUGGGCAGCAGAGCCGUCGUGAAAGAGAGGCUGGAUGCCCCUCCAGAGCAGGGAGGGGGGCUUGGAUUGCUUGGUCCCACUCCUGUGACCCUUUGGGGGAGUAAGGUGCUCCCUCGGUGGAGUGGGAUGGAGCCUCCUCCUUCGGAGGCCGAGUGGCCCUCUCUCCGAGGGAGGAGGGCUUGGAUGGAGGGGCCUUCCUGCCUGGCAGAAGGAGGGGCUGGGCUCAGUGAGCCUGAAGGGGGGGUCUAUGAACUCACCAUCCCAGCCAGACGCCCAGAGAUGCCCCCCAGCCUCUGUUUCCAACCCUCAGAGAAGGAGAUUGCACCGCUCUCCACUCCCCAACAACUCUUACCAUCAGGACGUUCUUCCUAAUGUUCCUCUGGUUUGCAUUCAUUAUUACAUUGUCUCCUAUUCUCUGGAGCAGCAGAAAACAAGCUUGCUGCAUACUCAAUAUGGCCCCCCUCAAAUACUUAAACAUGGUUAUCAUAUUGCCUCUUCUCCAAGCUAAACAUCCCCAGCUCCCUAAGUCGCUCCUCAUAGGGCUUCAUGGUUUCAAGACCCUUGACCACUUUAGUCCCCCUUCCUCCUCCCCUGGCCCUUUUCCAGGGGCAAUAAAGCCUGGGGGGUGUACUAUUCCUGGUUGUGGGGCGGAGGGUCCAUGGGGACCCAGGGGCUCCCUUGCUUAUUUCUUUAUUAUGUCUUUCUUUAGAGUAUUUAUACCCCGCUCUUCAGCCAAAAAGGCUCUCGGGGCGACUGACAAAUGAUUCAUAGGCAGUUCUCUGCCCUCAGGUUUGCAGCCUAAAAAGAGAAGGGAAUCUCAAAGAUGCUGCAGGAUCCCUUUGCAGACUGAUUUUCCAGACUCGGCUGUAGGCGAUGUGUACUAUAAGGUGUUGAGGGACCCCUGAAACUCUGUCUAACCUCCCCUCCCCGACAAGAGUGGCCAGUCCCCUCGCCAUGCAUUCCCUGGAUGAGCCCCUCGACCUCAAGCUGAGCAUCUCCAAACUCCGAGCGGCACGAGAGAAGGGUGACCGCACCCUGGGUAGCGUCAGGCACCAGACCCUCCGCCAGGACCUCCAGACCACAGAGGAGGAGGAGGAAGAGGAAGAGGAAGGGACCCCCGUGGUCAGCCUCAGCGGCUCCCGCUCCCCAACUGACAGCCUUUUUGCGCACUCCAGAUGCCACCGCGACAAGAGGGACACCACCUUCCCCUCGCCACCCACCAUCGACCUCAGCCCCUCACCACCUCCACCAGCCUUGGACUCCUCCCCCAGCGGCAGCACUUCCCUCUCCCCCGACAGGCAGAGCGGAGGGGAGCUGGGGGGCACGGCCUCAUCCUCCUCUACCCUCCGGGAUCUUCACUCCCUGCAUUACAUCAACAGUCUCCGCAGCUCCUUCCAGGUCUUCCUGCCCCUAAGCUCAGGGGGCGCCUUGCGCCUGCCCACCUCAGCCUUCCUGGCGCCCCCCAAGGACAAGCGGCUCUCCCCAGAACUGCCCCUGCAGAAGCAGCUGGUGUGCCAGUGGUCCAAGUGCAACCAACUCUUUGACCUCUUGCAAGACCUGGUGGACCAUGUCAACGACUUCCACGUCAAGCCCGAGAAGGAUGCUGGCUACUGCUGCCACUGGGAGGGCUGUGCCCGCCAUGGCAGGGGCUUUAAUGCCAGGUACAAGAUGCUGAUCCACAUCCGCACCCACACCAACGAGAAGCCCCACCGCUGCCCCACCUGCAACAAGAGCUUCUCCCGACUGGAAAACCUGAAGAUCCACAACCGCUCACACACAGGCGAGAAACCCUAUAUCUGUCCCUAUGAAGGCUGCAACAAGCGCUACUCCAACUCGAGCGACCGCUUCAAGCACACUCGCACCCACUAUGUGGACAAGCCCUACUACUGCAAGAUGCCCGGCUGCCACAAGCGCUACACAGACCCCAGCUCCCUCCGCAAGCAUAUCAAGGCGCAUGGGCACUUCAUCUCCCAACAUCAGCAGGAGCUCCUCAAGCUGCAGGGACCCACCAUUGCUGCUGCCGCCGCCAAGGACUCCCUCGCUGCUGUGGGUGAUGUACCUUACAUCAGUGGUGCCCAGCUCAUCAUCCCCAAUCCCGCCGCUGCCCUCUUUGGUGCCCAUGGCCUGUCCGGCCUGCCUCUCGCCCCUCCGACACCCCUGGAUCUCAGCACCUUAGCCUGUGCCAGCCUGGGCACCGCGGCCAUCGCUGGCCUUCCCAGCCCCGUGCUGGCCCCCCUGAACUUGGCCAAGAAUCCCCUGCUCUCCUCCCCCUUCGCAGCUGGUGGUCUGGGGCUGCCCGUCAUGUCCCUGCUGGCUGGCACCUCCACCAAGGCCAGUGUUGAGAGAGGCCACGGAAACGGAGCCAGGCUGCUGAAAGGCAGCAGUGGUGGACGCACUCUGGGCCCCCAGAGCUGCAAGGAGGCCAGCGAGAGGACUGAGCUGGCCCGCCUGCAGCCCACCAGCCCCUCUGAGGGCCUGUCCCUGCUCCCGGGCGGGGUCUUGGACCUGUCCACCGGUGUGAAUUCUGGGGGGAGCUCCGAGGCCUUGCCCCCCAGCUGGGUGGUCAUCCCGACAGGCUCUGUUUUGCUAAAGCAAGCCGUGGUGAACUGAGAGGAGGAGGAGGAGGAAGGCGAAGGUGAGGAGGAGUGUUGGGACCCUGCUGUUUCCACUUUCCAACCCAAGGAAGCUCUCAGCUCUGUUGGACCUCUAGGCAUGAAAACAGCCGGCAGAGCUGGUUGUCUCUGUUUUCUGAUGCUUCCCAUCAGCGCUGGAUGGGUGUUAUUUGAUGGGCCUGGGAGCCCCCCUGCAGCCUCUGAGUUGUUCCACGGCCCCUUGGUUCUCUAGGUCAAAGCAGGGCCCCUCGCAGCCCCUUUGAGCUGCUUGGUGGUUAAGAACCCAGCAUGAGCUUCCUGGUGUCUAGUGGGAAAGACCCUCUGAAAUGGCUGUCUUCAUUCCUAACAGAAGGAACAUCAGAUUAGGAGAGAAAGCUGCCUCCCAGCCCCAUAUAUCACCCCCCUUCCUCCCUUGCCAUGGAGCCAGCCUUGGUCUUCUUUUCCCUUUACGACAGAGGAGCCUGCCUCUUCUGAGCAAAGCAAUAAACACUAUUUCCCUGAGCAGCAGCUGCAAACCAUGACCCCUAAUCUGCCGAGAGAGGCAGCGAUACUUUGCCAAUGGAGGCAUGCAUAAGACACCCCUCCAAUGCCAGGGACAUGACUGGACCAAAGGGCUCCUUCUGUGGCUUCUGGCUCUGGACCAGCUUUUUCUUACCAUUUUUGGCCAGGUCCCUCCCUGCAGGGAGAAAUGCAGCAGCGAAGGGCAACUACAACCCUUUCCUCCUCCUCCUCUCCCUGGCCUAUCUUCCAGUAACAAGGAUGGCCAGAAAUGGUUGGCCUCCCUUCCUUUCCUCCAAGGUCUUGUCCUGCCCACCCAUUCCCUGUCUGCAAAGUCCCCCUGGACCAGCAUUCUCCUGCGUUAGCGAUCCUUUCCCUUCACCACUUUGCUGCAGCUCAGGGAAGGAGGAAUGGGGGCUGAUUCUGGAAUUGCUGCUGUGGGGCAGGAAUCUGCGCUUGCUGUCCCUGCUCUGUACAAAGGGAGCUGCUCUCUGCCAAGGCCAGCCCCACAGCCUCACUCGCUUUGCAAAUGCAAGAGGCCGGGACUGUCCUGGCUCAGUCCCUGCCCCAAGACAAGGCACGCCACCCACUGCCCUGGCUGUGCUGCUCACAACCCCCUUCCCUGACGUGGAGGAACUGAAGUACGUACUCACUCCCCCUACUAGCAGUGUCUCAUGUAAAUUUAGGCUACACAGCAGAAGCGGCCGGGAGACUAGGACUGGGGCACAGGGGCAGCUCUUCUGUGGGUCAUCUCCCAGGCUGGGAGUCAUCUGGGUCCAGGAGGUGGCGGAGUGCGGAGGGAUGAGACUCCCCAUCUGGCUGCUUCCCCCCAACAAGGUCCUGCCUUCCCCUUUCACCUGUGGUCUUGUCACAAGCUCCUCCUUGAGCUCAAGCCCCUCUGUCUAUGGGGCUGGAGAAGCCCAUGUUACCUCUCGACUGCCCUGGUUUCGACAGGGGUUCACUGUUUCCAUCCCCUCUCCCAGAACAAGGGGGUCCCUGUGUACCUCUCCACAUCCCGCUUUCUCAGUGGGACCCCUGCUAUGGGCUUCCACCCACACGGCUUUUCCCCAACCAGCUGCUGCCCCUUGCAACUUUUGGUGUCGGGGGGAAGGGGGCAACUUCCAAACAGCCACCCUCCAACCAUUCCCUCCAUUCCUAACAUGGCAGCCUGGGACUGUGUGCCACCGGCCGAGGGGAGCUGGCCUCCCAAAAGCAUGGCAGGAGUUUGCACCAGUUUGAAUGCACACGCCCAGGCCCAAAAGCGGCACAGCAAACCCUCCCCGGGUCCACUUCUGGCCCAGCAUGUUCUGCUGACUGACCAGGCCUAUGAGCCGGUGUGUAUACCUAUCUUCCAUUUUCCCCCGUCUGUUGUCGCUCACCUUGGGCUGUCAGUAUUUUAAAAGUUUCUAAGUGCCUUUCGAUUGUAGUUCUAUGUUGGGUCCCCCCCCCCUUUCUCCCUCCAUCACUGUUAGCAUAGUUUAAGGCAGAAAGAGAUAAGCUAUGACCGACUGUCUGGUCCCCCCCAGCCCUGGGGAAAGAGGACUGGUUAUUUUACUGAAACAAUAAAAGUGAAUCCAGACACA